ACAGGGUAUAGAGUUUUACUUAAUAAACUAAUUAAAAAAAAACAACAAUACCCUCUUCCCAGAGCUGUGAAAUUCUACUGUGCAAGUUCAAGUUCAUAGUAGAAUAUCUCUUGAUCCCAAAUUCAACGCUAGGUAACCAUUGUCUUCCUUAGCUGCCACUAAACAACAGGUCUGGGCCUCAAAUAUCUGGGCUUUAGCCCCAAACCAUCUUCCGGUCCCGACUUCUCCUCAUUUGUAUCCAAGGGCAACAGCAGUGGCAGGGAGCAAACACCACCGUAGUUCACGAUUAGAGGCAUGAAAGUCGGCGGAGGAGUGUUUUAUGCAGCUCCACGCGCCACCUCAUUCCUUCUCAGCCUCCGCAGACACACUACGCUACGCACUUUUUCUUGUUCUUCAUUUCCUGACCAUAUCGGUUUUAUCAAAGAAGUGGCUGCAACUCAGCCUCCUAAGCAUUUGUCUCAUUUGUUGACGAUGUUAAAGACAAAAGGUGAAUCUAUUGUUUCUCCUAGAGCCAAGAAAGGGUUGUUCCCUCUUGCCAUUCCACUGGCUAGAAACAGUUCAGAUGCUGUGAUUGCGCUGCUGAGAUGGCCAACAGCACCAUCUGGGAUGGAAAUGCCAGUGGUUGAGGUUCGUAAACAUGGAGUUUGGCUUUUGGCAAAGACUGUAGAUCAAUAUAUUAAUCGAAUCCUGGUUGAGGAAGAUGCUGAUAUUUCUUCAGAAGGCAAUGCUGAUCUAUUUCAUGCUGCAGCUGAUGCUGGAGAUAAUCUUUAUAAAAAGGGUGACUAUGCUAAGUCUCAGAUUUUAGACCUAGAUGUAUAUCUCUCAAAAAAGGUAGGUUUGUUUCCAGAUGUCUUAGAGCGCAAAGUGAUGCUCCAUUUGCAGAAAGGAGAUCAUGUUUCCGCUUUAGUGACUGUGGAGUUCUAUACAAAGAAAAAGCAUUUUCCAGGAUUUGCAAGGCCUUUUGCAUUCAAUGCAGAGGUUAUGCUGAAGAUUGGACGUAAGUUAGAAGCUAAAGAUGCUGCCAGGGGAGCUUUAAAAUCACCAUGGUGGACUCUGGGUUGCAGAUACCAGGAUGUUGCUCAGAUAGCGCAAUGGGAGGAUGAGCAAAUUGAGUAUAUUAAAGAAAAAAUGACUGAAGAAGGAAGGCAAGAAGACCUUAACAAGGGAAAAGAACCAUCACAGAUUGCAUUGGAUGAAGCUGCAUUUUUGUUGGACUUAGCUUCUGUUGAAGGGACUUGGGAUGAAGCUGCGGAACAGAUAGCUGAGUGCUAUAAACAGGCUGGACUUCACGAUGUUGCAAGAUUUAUCCAAUAUAGAGAUUGAGUGUCUAGGUUGGUAGAUAUAAUCAAUCCAACAUGUUUAUGCUGAGUCAAUUUGGAUUUUGAAAUUCCAUUUUCAGUUUUAAAUACACAGCAUGACAGCAAAUUAAAUUUUGAAACAAUUUAAAACUUCAUAUAUACUGUUUGCUA